AUGAUCCUGUCAGCUUCACGUUCCCCCGCUCCUGUGAGCGGCUUCAGCAGACGCAGAGAGCCGCUGAGAGGAACCGGAGACCCGGACAGAAAAAGGGUCGACAAGCCGAUCCACAACAGCACCUCUACCUCCACAACCCAGACCAGCAGCACCACCACAACCCAGACUAGGGCCAUCCUUUUCACCAAAGCCCAAACCAGAACCAGAAACCAUAUCAGCAGCACCUUCACCACACCAGACCAGCAGAACCUGGACCUGGAGAUACCAGACCAGCAGCACUCAGACCAGGAGAAACCUGACCAGAGGCAGCCAGCUCAGCAGCUUGAAGCUCAGGACAAACAGCUGAUGGAGGAUUUCUCCCACACCGGUCUGAGUCGAUGUCCAGCUGCUGGUCUAAACUGGGAGCUCCCUCCUCCCCCCUCCUCUGCCUCUGUGGCCCCUCCCCCCCACACCCCCGAGUCUCCACACAGACGACAGCAGCCGGACCGAUCGGAGACAAUGACCUCUGACACCUGCCACGUCACUAUGGAAACUUACUGGAGAGAAGUGCAGAGCAUCAAAGAGGAGAAGGAGGGAGAGGAAGAAGAAGAAGAAGAGAGGAAGAGUAUGGAUGAGGUGGAGCUGGAGGAGGCGUGGCUGACGGAGGCAGGGUUAUCCUCCCUGGUGACGGGCUCAUCAUCCGAGGAGACACCGCCACCGCUGGCUGAGGCGUUGCUGUCGACGUUGACACGGCAACAAGCCGCCACGGUGAGGAAGAGGCUGGACAACUACAAUGAAACACUGAAGACCAGAAACAGACAGCCAAUCAGAGAUGUCCGGGACAUCUUCACCGAGCCUGAUGAUGACUCAGCAGACAGAUGCCCCUCUCCUCCUCCUCACCAUGCCGAGUCACCACCGAGUCGAUACCACACCACCACUAAAACCAUUCGCCGAAACACUAACAGAGUUCGACCGACUCUGCCAACGUUUCUUUAUGAGGAUCAACUACCUGAACACGUGUCAUCCCCCACAAACACACACUCUCCAACAAACACACACUCCUCGACACACACCCCGUCCCCGCCUCACACACACUCACCGCCUGUCAGUCGGUCGAGACGAGCCGAUUGGCUGCUACAGGACUCGCCGUACUCAGAGGGCGUGGCUGAGCACAAACGAGGCGGAACUUGUUACGACUGCCUGCGUUUCCGUGAUGACGACAGCGAUGACCUGCCGUUUCUACCUGUCUCACCCUCUCAGGGUCUCACCUUGGCAGAUGACCUGGCGUCAUGCGACCUCAUUCGCCUUGGCUUCAUCUCUCACAUCGAGCUCUCCACCUUCCUGCUCACUCUGGGUGUCCAAACCAAACGCACCCGCCCGCCACGCCUCAGGACCCGAGACAGCGGCGUGUUCGGCGUUCCUCUGAACUCACUGUUGGACAACGACAGGAAGACGUUUCCUGGAGUCAGAGUUCCUGUUGUUUUCCAGAAGUUGUUGGGAAUUUUAGAGCAGAGCGGCCUGCAGACUGAAGGGAUUCUCAGAGUACCAGGAUCAGCAGCUAGACUGAAGUACCUGCGUAAAGAGUUAGACAGGUGUUGUGGAGGGUUCGACUGGUCUGUAGUCAGACAAGUGGAUGCUGCAGGUCUGCUGAAGCUUUUCAUCAGAGAGCUGCCAACACCACUGCUGACGCACACACACCUGUCCACCUACCGCUCUGUGCUGGGUAUCUCCUCCGUGGUCCAUCAGGUUCAGGCUCUGCAGCUGCUGUCGUUGUUGCUUCCUGAAGCUAACAGAGAAACACUCAGAGCCCUGCUGGUCUUCCUUCGUAAGGUGGUCUCUCAUCAGGACCAGAACAGGAUGUCCCUAUGGAAUGUCUCCAUGGUUAUGGCGCCCAACCUGUUCUGCUGCCAUUACCGUGACAGCAAGUGCUCUGUUGCCAAGCAACGGGGGGAGAUGGAAGAGGCAAUGGGUGGCGCUCACCUGGUCCGACUGAUGAUCACACACCAGGACCUGCUGUGGACUGUCCCCAGCUUCCUGUUGUCUCAGUUAAGACAUAUGAACCAGGCAUCCAAUCAGAAACAGCUCGGUCUCACCAGGACGAAAAGACGACUGCUGAGGUGGAAGAAUGACAAGAAUGACCGAAACCAGAUCACAGAGCUGUGUGAAGGUGUGAUCAGGGUUCACGCCCCUCUGCACACCAAGGUCUCCAUGGCAAUACAGCUGGAUGGACAGAUGAGAGCCAAAGAUGUCACUGCCCGCUUUGAGGGUGACAACAGUCCUGUUCAGCGUCUGUAUGAAGUUGGAGGAAACAUUGGAGAGCGCCGUCUCCAUCCAGACUGUGUGCUGUCGGACGUUUAUAGAGUGAAUCCUCACUGUGAUUGGCUCAUCAAACCCUGAUACCUGUCUCACUACCUGUCUCACCUCCUCUCCCAACUGUCCCCCAACACUUUCC